UUAUGAUAAAGGUUAUUCUAAUUUGUAGAUAUAAACAUGUCACCAAUGACGGAUGUGACCCACGGGAGGCAGGUUUUUAUAAUAUUUUACUGGAAGAAGAAGCCCUCAGAAUUAAACCAUGCACGGAUGAAAAGCUAUUGUCUUCAGCACACCACUCUACUUUAUCUUUUAUCGAUCGUAAAAGCGGAACGUACACUAUUGGUGAAGAAAUACGCGUUAUUGUAACACUGUUUAAUGGAUAUGGAAAGAGAACAAACAGCGGUGGAGAUCAUUUGAGAGUAACGAUAGAGAACAAGCAAUUGAAAGCAUCAGCUCCCUGUGUUGUCACAGACAAUGAAAAUGAUACUCAUUAUGUGACAUGUGAAGCAUUUUGGUCAGGAACAUCAUCAAUUAUCGUAACUCUUGCUUAUACAAGGGAAGAAAUCGCGUCACAUUAUCGUAUGAGAACUCAAGUAAGUACAACCCAAGAUAUAUUAUAUAUAUUACUAAAAUGUGUUGAUUUCUGAAAAAAAUGGUAAGGGAGGAACUGAAUAUAAGAAGAAUUUUCAUCGGUCAUUUCAAAAUUACAAACUGAAAUCUAGAAAUCUCAUUGCCAUUCUAAAAGAACUUGUAAAGAAUAGUUCUUGACAUUCUGAAAUAAAUUGUGAAGGGUUCUUCUAAAAUAACUUGCAUUGUAUUGAUAGUCAGUUAACUCCCUUGUUAAAUUGCUCUUUGCUUAACCAUUCUUCGUCCCACAGAGCUCUUGUAAUAUUUGUUGUGAAACAAUUUAUUUUACAUAUUAUAAGAACUCAAUAAGUUUAUUUUACACAAGAACUGAGUUAUAAAUUGUGUCCAAAAUAACGAGACCACCAAUAACAUUCACGAUCCUCUAGGUUUACUCAUGCACACGAAAUACCGAAACCCACACAAAAAAUCCAAACUGACCAGGUUCCCUCAGUUUAUGAUGUUCAAUAAGUGUCCAGUAAAUUAUAUGAUUAUUGAUGUGUUCAAAUGAUAUUAUGUUUCUUAUUAUCAUUUAUGUUUGCACAUUAAUCAAGCAUAUAUCAAUUACAUAGUUGUCAGAGUUCAC